AUGUAUUAUUUCAGACUGGAAUUGAAGCCAUUUUUGCUUGGAGAAACAGAUGUUGCGCCCAAAUGUAUUGAUCCAGAGAAAACGAUAUCACCAAUCCCGUAUGCCUUGGUCAAGGAAGUUGAAAAAGUGGACAUUGAGACUGAAAUACAUGGUGAAAUGAUCUGGUACACGCUGACCCAUAACAUCAGUCCCGAGCGAACGGUGACUUACUCAGGCUCAGUGUGCGACGAAGAUUAUUAUUCGAAGUUUUUGAAAUUCUGGAAACGCAAGUGCAAGGUGCAUCUCGACUUCGACCUAAAAGGUGGUUUUCGAUCUCCGAGCAGUUGA